AUGACAGAACCCGAGGCAGAACUCCAGGCCACUGCCAACCUUUCUCCCGUCUCCCCAUCGCCAGUUCACUCAGCUACGUCUUUGGCAGUUCCCGUGCUUCAGGAAACGGUGGACACCAUUGACGCCAUGGUCGCUGCUGCUUCUGCUGCCGCCGACGCCGCCGCCAAUGGCUCAGUCAACAACAACGGCCCUGAUCUUGAGCCAUUCUUGGGGGCCGGUGAUGACAAUAUCGUAGAUGACGACAGCCUCAACGACCCUUAUGGCGAGGAUGAUGCAGAUGCCACCAUCCAGCAAGUGCCUCAGCCACAAGUCGAACAAGAGCUGCCCGACAGCAAUGACGACUACGCAAAGACAUUUGAUUCGCCAAUUGGGCCAGAAGAGGGUGAAGACGGAGACAUUCAACCACAAGAUGUAUCAUCGCUACCUCGGGAAUCCAACGAUAUUUCUCUUUCAUCCGAUCAUUUGACAAGUCACCCAUCUCAAGUCUCCUAUGCCGUUCAUAACACGUCUCUGCCAGCCCAACCAGGCCAACAUGCGUCAUCAUCUGCUUCCCAUGCUUCUCUCGAAGCCCAGGCUUUCGGCGCUGCAACUGCCAUCACUUCGCAGCCCUCCAAUUUGCCGACGCCCUCUCCAAGUGCAGCCAACCUGGGUGGCAGUAACGCCGCCGGCUCCGCCAAUGCCUCGCCUGAUAUUCAACGGCUGGUCGCUAAUCUCACUGCGCCAGUCGACUCCAACCGUAUCACAGAACUGUCUGUCCCGUCCGCCACUGGUGAUCAGUCCAACGAAUAUAGCACUUCGUCUUCAGAUUUUCCACCUUCAGCCUCGCUUCCACCAAGACCUCCACAGUCCCAAACACUGCCUCAGACGUAUGCCUCUCAGCACCAUCCAGGGAGCAUCAAUGCUAGCAUCCCCCCUGGUCUCGCUGCGCCGCCGACACCAGGGCAGCCUUCUACUUACGUGGCCACUGGCGCGCCUGUUGCAGCUCCUGAUGUUUUGGGUGAAUACCCAGUUCCUCCUGGUUCAGGUCUCCAGGCCAAUGUCGCCAUCACUUCCUUGAAUGCUCCCCCAUACCCGGCUCAGCCUGUCCCUUAUAAUGCCGACCAAACUCAGGAAGCAGAAUACCAGCGCCAGUGGGAUCAGUUUUUGGCCGAUGAGCGCCAGUAUAUGUCGGAGGCCAAGUGGGAUCGUUUUCCGGAGGGCUCACGCAUCUUUAUUGGUACACGAUCCGCGUCUGGCGCGUCCAAAAAUGGCGCUCACAUAUUCUCUGCAGGCAACCUCUCGAGCGAUAAGGUGUCGAAACGUGAUGUUUUUGAUCUAUUCCACCGGUUCGGAAGGCUUGCUCAAAUCUCAUUGAAAUCAGCCUAUGGAUUUGUGCAGUAUCACUCCAUAGAAGAAGGACAGCGGGCGAUGGAUAAUCUUCAAGGAAUUGAAAUUAAGGGACGCCGAAUCCAUCUCGAAGUCUCGCGUGUUCAAGAUAAAUCGAAAAAAGAAAGGGUUCGCAGCCCAGAUAAGAACAAGAGUCGCGACAAUGGACGCCGGAACGAAAGGCAUGGCCACCAAGCUCGAGAUGACUACCGGUCGAGUCGCGGUCAUUCCCCCCAUCGUAAUGAUUAUGGAAGGGAAGAGUCGUAUGGUCGUGAUCGGACCUAUUAUGAAGGCAGUCGUGGACGAGGGCGAUCACGGUCUCCCGGAUAUGGUCGUAAUGACAAUGACAAUUAUCGUCGAAGGAGCCCAAGCCCGCUUGGAAGAUCUCGACAUGGAAGUGAACCUGAGCUUCCGGGAAGGAGAUAUGGUGCCGACGUCCCCGAUGUUCAGAUCAUCCUUCAACAAGACAUCAACCGCGAAUUUAUUAACUGGGUAAAGCAAGCCUUUACAUCUAGAGGCUUGCGGUGCGAGGUUAUGUUCCUAUCUAACAAACUUCCCAAGAAUGCAGUCGUUCAGCAACAGGCAGCGGAGGGUGUUCACGCUGUCGUGGAACUCGACCUUCGCGCACAGAACCUGGGCAAGAUCCCUGUCCAAGCAUUUGAUCGCUCUGCUGGUUCCAACAAUAUUCGCUACAAUCAGUAUGCAGACUUGGAUCCCCCUACCGCUGCCGAAGUUAUUCUCCGGGCGAAGGCAUCAGGAGGAGCACCUAGCUAUGGUCAACAAUACGGUUCAAAUGGUUACGGCGUUACUCCAUAUGGUGGCCAGCCCACCUACCAACCACCGGCAGCGAGCUAUAUCGCCCCUCCUCCACCAGCACAAUAUGCGCAGUCUCCGCCUGCUUCAGUCAACGUUGCUAACAUCGCGAAUCUGAUGGGCCAGCUUGACCCCGCGUCGCUGCAGCAAUUACUUGCACAAGUCCAAGGUGGUGCUCAGAACCACCCUCUCCCUCAAGCAAAUCCAACGGCCGCAACUGCUGGAGUCCCCCAGGCUGAUAUCCAAGCUCUGCUUGGAAGUUUGGGGGCCAAUCCUGCAGCUCAACAAUCUCAGCCGCCGCCCCCUCCAGGCUCCUAUGGGGCUCCAUACGGAGCGCCGCCUCCGUCAAAUGGCGCGUCGUCCAACGGGGACUCAGCAGUCCAAGUCCAGAACAUCAUGGCACACCUGGCUAGGUACCGGCAGUGA